AUGUUUGGCGUCACGAUUGAGGGCGGGGGCACGUACGCGACGCUACAGGCUGAGGACAAGAAGUGCCUCCUGGACGACGACACCGAGUUCACGAACCCCUGCCUCGAUUUCGCGUGCAUCUCCAUACUGGAAAAGCAUGGUGGGGACCGCGCGCGAAAGUCGCGAAUUUUCCCGGCCGCCGAAUUGCGAAAGUUGAUUGAGGCUUCGACGGUGGAUGUAGACAUGAUGCUGAACGAGAUGCUCGUUUUCCCGUUCUGGUCCAAAUUCGAGGAGGAGGAACCGAAGUGCAGCAUCCUGCUCAUUUUGCAUCCGGGAGAUCUCGAAUGCCCGGAUGGUGAAGUUUGUCGCACGCGAAUUCUUCACAUUGACCCUUCCGUGGGUCCAGACCCGCACGCGAAGGACGCAAAGAUCGCUAUUGAAUGGUUUGGAGUUUACCUGCGCGGGAUGGCUCAAGCUUUCGGGCCAGCUAAGUUUUCCGAAGUCGCCGAGCCAUGCUUCAGAGCUUUGACUCGAGUGCCGAUGGACAUGAAGGGAGUGACUGGUGUUCACGCAGUGUACGGAUUUUAUCGCGUGCUUUGUGAAUUCGCGGUUGUGGCAGCAGACCCGAAGGCUCCGAUUAGGGCCACGAAACCGAAGAACUUGAAGUUCAUACGCGAGAAAGUGCUGAAGCACGCUCAGGAUCUCGCGCUUGAGUUGCGUGGUCUCAAAUCUGGCAAAGGCCGUGGUAACGUUUCGGGCUCCGAACACGGAUCUCAUGGGAGGGCUCGCGUGGAGGGAAGCGAGCGAGAGGGUGGUGGGAGCGGAAGUGACGCCACGGCCGUCGCGGAUAAUGUCGUCGCCGGCCCAGCCGGCGGUGGUCCUGUCGUGGGGGCUGAGGCCGCUUCGGGUGGUGGUGAAGAGGCGGAAAAGGUGGCGGAACCUGCUCCCGUUGUCGCCGGCCCUUCCCGCGUUGCAACUCCAACUGCGGUAGAGGCUCCUCGUUUGUUCGACGAGCUGGUGGCGUGGCCGGUCCAGUCGCUCGCGCGGGAGGUUCUUCGACUCGAUGCCACGAUUGCAGAAACGCACGAGCAGCUGAGAUCGACAAAUACGCACGUCACGAACCAGCGAAAACAUGUUCGUGAAUUGUCCGACGAACUCGACGAACUCACGGACAAGAUGAAAUCUCUGUGGGGGAAGUCGCUUCAAUCCGCAAAGAGGCUCGAUGACCUGGAGCAGCGUUUUUGCAACGAGACCGCGGAUUGCUUGAAGGAGUUGAGGAAGGAACAUGCGUCCGCGUCCGCGCAGCGAGAGUCAGCCGAGAGAGUGAUGCGCCGUCUGGAGGAAACCCUGAAGGUGUCCUUCGCCUCCGUAAUCGCGGAGGCGACUGAAAAGACGCGGCAGGAGGUUUGGGCGAAAUUCGUGGGGCUGGAGUCAGUCGUGACAGCCGCAGCCGAGCGCGGAGCUCUUACUGCGCUAGCACUCUAUGGUGGCGCACGUCAUUUGGCUGAGCAACGUGGGACUUUCGCAGGUGGACCCAGUUUCGCAGGCGGACCCUGUUUCGCAGGCGGACCGAGUUUCGCAGCCGGGCCAAGUUUCGCAGCCGGACCAAGUUUUGGACCCGCGCUUUCGAAUCCGCCCCCCUCCCCUCCCGUGACAAAGAAGCAGAAGGUUCCAUCAUCAGACGUUAUGCCGUUCGCUAUCACAGCUCUUCCUUCUGCUUUGGGUCGCGCGUCUUCACCUCUAGACGUUUCGGGAGGGGAGGAAAUGGCAGCGGCGGACGCGACCGCGAAAGGGACCGCGGCUGUGAAAGGGGACGCGGCCGCAAAAGGGGACGCGGCUGCGAAAGGGGACGCAGCUGCAAAAGGGGACGAUGCCGCGAAAGGUGACGGGGGUGGGAAAGGAGACGCGACCACGAAAGGGGACGCGGUUCCGAAUGACGAAGGAGGAAAUAAUGCGUUCGAAAAAUACAUGGCGCUUUUGGGGGCUGAAAAGGGCGCAACCAAAAGUGGCACGAAAGGCAAGGAGAAGGAGAAGGCCGCGAAAGGCGAUUUGUGUGUUGGACUUCGCCUGAAUUCAAACGGGUCGGCAUGGAUUUUAGAGCUCCAUCACGCUGGUGUCCGUCGCUAUCUUGGGAAUCACGAACAGAAGGAGACGGGACGGUUUCUCUGUGCUGUCGCGCUUACGGUCUGGUACAAAACCGUAAAACCGGACAAGAUGGUGUUGACUCCCGACGAAGAGGCGGAAUGGACCCCGGAUCUGGAUGUGGCUCGUGUGAUGCACGAGGGUUUGUUCGCAACCCUUUAUCUUCACGGCCUCACCAACAGCGCGAAAAGGCGUGUGAUCCAACUUUAUGGUGCGCGCGCUCCUCAGGACGAGACCGCGUGCUCUGCCGCGGCUGGAUUGGAGGUCGCGGAGGAUGAGCCGUCAGGGCGCGUGAAAGGCGGUGGUGGGCCGAUCGCUGGAGCCGUGGCCUUCGCCUGUGCAGCCGUGUGGUUGUUGUGCAAAGUUACCGUGGCGGGAUGUGAAGUGGCGUGUGUGCGCUUAUUGGCCGCACUUAAGACACGCGCGAAGACAACCACCCUCCCUCCUACGGGCGAAGUCAUGGAGCAGUUGGUGAACAACUCCUUCGAGAAGGGCCCGGAUGCGAACCUGAAGACGAUCAUUUCCGAAAUGGUGGAUAUCGUUGCUACCUGGAACCACGAGCUAGGGGCGAAGACUCGGAUGACACAGCUGGGGCUGUGUGUGCUUUGCAGCACGGAGCGCGUGAAGGCCAAGAACCGCGAAGCAGGUUGUCCACGCCUAAAACGGGCAUCACCCGCUCCCGUGCGUGAAGGGGGCGCGGAGGAAGUUGUCGAGGUGCAGGAUGACUAA